CUGCAGCAGAUUAACUCAAUCUGCGAUGAGCUGCACAUCUAUUGCUCACGCUGCACUGCCGACCAGCUGGAGAUCCUCAAAGUCAUGGGCAUCCUGCCCUUCUCCGCGCCCUCGUGCGGGCUCAUCACCAAGACGGACGCCGAGCGCCUGUGCAACGCGCUGCUCUACGGCGGCGCCUAUCCGCCGCCUUGCAAGAAGGAGCUGGCGGCCAGCCUGGCGCUGGGCCUGGAGCUCAGCGAGCGCAGCGUCCACGUGUACCACGAGUGCUUCGGCAAGUGCAAGGGGCUAUUGAAGUUUUAAUACGUGAAUACUCCAGUGAGCUAAAUGCCCCCUCACAGGAGUCUGACUCUCACCCCAGGAAGAAAAAGAAG